UAAAUGUACCAUUUUACAGGAAAGCCACAAGUAUUAACAAUAUUCUCACACCUAGCUGAAGCAUUUAUAAACUCACAAUCUAUGGAAGGUAGGGAACAGCUUGGUCAGCGAAUUUGGGGAAUUCUACAGAAAAUUAUCAAGGCAAAGGACUAUCCAAGAGGUGAAGACAUCCAAUUCUCAGUGCUCGAGUCACUCUUGAAAAGUAACUUGAAGCUGGCAGCAACGCGUUUCAAGUAUAAGAAAUCUGCCUCUAACUUGUCAAAGGAAAAGCAGUCUGUCGCCUUGAAUAGAUACAAAAUGAUCAAUUCUCUUUCUCAGAGUUCAACUUUUUGGAUUUUGAAGAUAAUUGAUGCUAAAAAGCUUCCAGAGCCUGAACUUCAGGAGGUUUUUGGUAUAUUUGAGGGAGUUCUGGAGGAUUACUUUAGUAAAAGGUCUCAAUUGACGUCUGAAUUUCUAGAAGAAGUUUUUUAAAGGAGUCCAUGGAUUGGACAUCACCUAUUUGGAUGCCUUUUGAAGGAAUGUGCUAAGGCGAAGCGACAGUUUCAGCAAAUUGAAGCUCUAGAUCUGGUUAUGGAGAUAAUAAAAUUGAUCGUCUCCACAAACCCUGAUGAAAACAGCCAGGAUUCAUCAAAGAAAAAGCUGAAAAGACAUCUCCGAAGGUUAGGCCACCUAAUUAAUAAGUUGUUCGAAAAUAUGCCCGAGAAGGCAUCAAGACGAGCUUAUGUGCGAAAAUUCUGCGGCAAAGUCAAUCAGAUUUUGAUAAAACUUAAACUGAGGCGUCGUUUCUUAAGACACUGCAACAGAUUGUGAAUCUCAACAGGGUAACAUUGUAUCCUGCUUCGAAAAGGUGAGUUUUAGGGCGAGGUAUCCUUAUAAUCUGAUAUAAAUCGUUAUGUUGGAAGUUCCUGCCACGUGUGAUUCUACUACCAGAAAAGUUUGGCUUGUGAAGAUUGAGUAUUAUUAGGACAUUCCUACCGAUGGACUGACCAUUUGGGCAUUGUUUCCUGGUGAUUUUUCUAACCAUUGUCACUGGACUUUAUUGCAUCGGGAUUUUUACUGUGUUUGGCACACUUCUUUUUGCUUCUGUUAUUCUAAAACUGAUAGUAAUAGCAGUUCUGAUAAUAAUUAGUCCGUUAUAGUAAUGGUACCAUCCAUUUUUGUGGCACAGGAGCACCUAUUGACAUCUUACCUA